AUGGACAACGAGUCUCCUUGGACAACAGUCCUUCUCGUUGGAUCCGCGUUGAUGGCCCUGAAAGCGGCGCUGAUUCCAGCUUAUGUGUCCACGGAUUUUGAGGUUUCCUUCUCGGAAAGUUCCGAUAAAGAGUAUAUAAUCUCUUUAUGCGUGAAAGACUCGAAGAAGAAAUUUUUAUGGAAAUUUCUCCAUAUAAUUAAAGUAAUCUUCUUAAAAGAGGGGCAAAUGGAAUUAUUGAAAGCUGGAAAUUUGAGCGCUUUUUUUUCCUCAUUUCGGUUAUAACGGAAUUUCUUUUUCCAGCAUGAUUUAAAUAAGAAAUCUUGAAAAUUCGACAGGAAUCUUCAAACUACACGCAAAAAUAUCGUGAUGGUUUGAGUCCGCAGUUAAAAAUUGUGGCCUAAGCUAACACGGAGAAAGUUUUUUUGCUGAAAAAGGUAUCACCAAUUUUUCAAAAACCUUUCGUUAUGAUGUUUGAAAUGCACUCCGACAGUUGAGGGACAAAUUGAAAUGGAGCUCAGGUUCACCGAAAUUGGAUGGCGGUGACGUGGAACCGGCCCCUGCGGCAGUGGUACACGGAAAACACUUCCCAGUGGACUCUCGACUAUCCUCCUUUUUUCGCCUUUUUCGAACUCGGUCUCGCCAAAAUCGCGUCUUUUUCAGGGUAGGCUUUCCUUUUUUCUCUCGAAGAUGUUAUCAGGGAUACUUCAAGCUUUUUUCGAAGUCCUAAUUCCAUUUAUGUUUGACUCUUCAGAAGUCGUGUGGGAUAAGGUAGACAAAGGGGUUGUUUUCAAUAUUUCUGAAACUCAAAUUAAUUACAUGUCUACUUUUAUUGGAAUUUUUUCUUUUCUAUUCGAAUCUUAUUUUUAAAUCUUCUUCAAAUCAAAAAAAGUAUAAAUUAACUAAUUAAUAUUAACUUUCAUGCCAUCUCUAUUCUCAGGAAAAUGGCUAAAAAUCAUUUUCCACUUUACAAAACGCAGCCUCAGGUCUAAUAACUGAAGUAAGUUCACGAAAAUCUUCAGUUUUCAGGCUGGGAGACGUUUUGCAAAUAUCCGAAAAACCCAUUUUCAAUGAGCGAAUCCUGUUUUUCCAGCGCAUUUCCGUCAUGUUCACAGACAUCUUCUAUGUAAGUCGAAUUCAAUUAUCAUACUCUAACGCAAAAAAAAGAGUUUUUUUUUGGUAACUUUUGAUUGUUGGUUCUAUAGCGAUUCCCUUGAAGUUUUCUCUUCGUUACUAUUUUCUUGAUAUUUUGGAUAGCCCCAAAUUACUUUCAGUUGAUGUCUUGUGCUCUGAUUGCAUUCAAAUCGACUCAUCUUUUCGACGGAUUCCCCAGAAAACUUCAGUCUUCAGCCAGGUUCGUCCAAGCUUGAAUUGCGAAGCUUUUCUCAGGCUUGAGCUCGUUUUACCAGAAAAUAUAACUUUUUACGAGAAGACGUCAAUCACUUUCCAUAGGUACUUGUUCAUUUUGUAUUGAAAAUUUAUCCAAAAUAGUUGUAGGAUAGAAUUUUUAAUGUUGAGGGCAAAGUUCGAAACUGGGCAUCACAUAAUGAAUUUGAAGAACAUCAUCCUCAGCGUUUGUUUUAAAAUGUUAAUUAAAAGGAGCCCUACAGAAAGCAUUAUUAAAGUUCGCUUCUCUUCUUUCUCAAUACUUCAAACUUAAGUUUUUGAGCAGUGACGAUUUUGAAAAAAGUAUUUUCAAUUUGGAACAGCUCCUAAGAUACUCAAAACUGAAAGAAAGUUUGGCAACCGAAGUUCAGAAAGAGUAGCACGAACUUCAAAAGAUAAACCAAGUUUUAAUUCAUUAUGCUUGUAAGAUCAAAGUCUUUCGUCAGAAAUCUCGUUCUUCUCGAGUUCUGGAUUGUGCUUCAGAAAGUGCUGCUUCGUCCUCCUUGCCUGCAACCCGGCCUUGUUCCUCGUCGACAGCAUCCAUUUUCAGUACAAUUCCAUGAUGACGUCACUGUUUCUCGUUUCGCUUUUCUUCGUCAAUAAACGACGGUUCCUUUUGGUUCGGUUUGACAUUGAUUUUUGUUAAUUAGAAAAAAUUGACAUCUUGGAGUUGAUCGAUAUAUUUCAAGUACGAGCUUUUACUGGGCUUUCUCCAACUUUGAAUGGUUUUCAGGGCGCCCUGUUUUUCGGCAUUCUCCUCAAUUUCAAGCACAUCUACCUUUACUAUGCCUUGGCUUACGUCACGCACUAUUUGUGGAACUACUUCGAAAUUGGAUCGUUCUCAAUUUCGUCUGUCCCCAUCAUGAUCAGACGAGGUAGCAAAUAAAAUGGUAAAAUUCGAAAAAAUAGAGAGAAAUUAGAUUUUCAUGAACCUCCGGCGAAGAUUUCUAAUUUUUGAACCAUUUUUCAGACAGUAUUAACAUAAAAGAGAUUCAACUAGAGUCUGAGUUUCAAAACGUUCAUCAGUGUUUUUCUGAUCGGAAAUAGUUCUUGACACUUUUUGCAGUUUCGUUUUUUUUUUUCCAAAAAGUAAAUGAGUUGCAGGAGUUUCGUUGGGAGUUGUUUUACUCGUUCCUUUCGCGACGUCUCUCGGUGGUUUUUUGGCGGCUGAUGGACUUGUCGGAUUGCAAAAUAUCUUGAAGAGAUUAUUCCCCGUUUCGAGAGGUUUCCCUUGAUCUGAAUUAUCACAACCUGCCGUUUGUUCUUCUGAAUUUUUCAUACUUGCAAGCCAUUCAUCUCCCCAAGCGAACAUAUUUUUUUGAUUCCUAGAAAAAUUUUUCUAAAAAAAUUUUUUUAAAAAAAUUACGAGAACAAUCGUACAUUUGCCAAAAAAGAAAGCGCCUGGUCAUAAGUAAUCCUGCAGGUCUGACUCACGCCUUUUGGGCUCCCAAUUUCUGGGCCCUCUACAAUCUGACAGAUCUUGUGCUCUACCGCAUUUUGACCUUUUUCCGCAUAGGAACCUAUCCAACGCCUACGUACACAUCUGGAUUGGUCCAGGUUCUUUUUGAUCAAAAACUCGUGAAACGUGGUUUGGGAGCAGGAAUACGACCACAGCGUGCUUCCCAGCGUGUCGACCUUCGGCAGCACUACGACGGUCCUUCUGACGUCGUUGCUCGUCUUGGGACUCUGCAAGCGACGGGCAGACUUCAGCGUCCACCUCACACUUGCCGCCUACGUCUUUUUCUUUUUCGGCUAUCAUGUUCACGAAAAGGCGAUCCUUCUGAUGACGGUGCCCUUAACUGUGGCCGCAUUCAAGGUUUUUAAUGUUUUUUCCAGGAAAGAUAAAUAUGAAUAAAUAUCAUAGGGCAUCUUUUUUUUCAAAGUUUUUUGUAACUUCCAUUUCUAAUCAUGGUUUCUUUUCACUGGAGCUUUCAGAUUUAGCUGCACUUAUAUUUUCAAUUAGACACUAUAUUCAUCACUCCAAACGGCAGCCGCGUUACAAGCGGCUCAUGCUUCUUUUCGGACUUUAUCUUUUUUUCAUUUUUCUCUUUUAUUUCACCGAUUUAUAAAAAAUCUAGAAUGGCCCAAUAAUAGCCAUAUGGAAUUUUCGGAAACAGUUUGUUCUAAACUACCCUGAACCACGUACCUUUUGAGUUUUUUUUUCUUCGUAAGUUUUGGAAUUCCGGUUUUAAACUAAAUUGAGGUUUAAGAGACCUGAAAUUCGAUCGAAUGUAGACUUUCCUGAUUGAACGAUUGAAGAGCUAAAGAAAACUGUUUCUGAUUUCCGAAUCUCAGAACGUCGAUUACGUGCCGCCGUUUGUAUUUCUGUCGGUUUUGUCGUCUUUUUCGCUGUUCCCGCUGCUGUUCACGCCGUUUGAAAUAAUGAUCAAAUACUCGGUAGCCCUGUGUUAUAUUUCACUCGUUGUCCUACUUGCCAAGUCGGUUUCCAUUUAUCAGCCUGUUCUUUUCAAUCAGACCUCUUUUCCAGAAAAUCACUGAUGCUUCCACGUACUUUCAUUCUUCCAAACUGGUCACUUUUUUAUUUUGCUUUUCUCACAGCUGUUGAACUAUACGCCAGUUUGAUUCACAACGUAGGAUUUUCCUUCAUGUUUGCGAAUAAUUAUCGAGUUUUAUUUUCAGUGGAUCUGGUCCGGAAAAUACGAAUUCUUUCCUUUGAUGGCGAUUUCUGUUGGGAAUGCACUCGGAGUCUUGUUUGGAUUGAUCUGGCUCUUUUUUAUUUCGACGCAAUCCAGAUUUUCCAUCCGUCGAGCCUUCGCCAAGUGGAAAUGCCUUUGUGAAGAGGUCAGUUUUGUGGGCAAACUAUGAGAAAAUGGUUAAGCCAAGUUCAUUCUUAAUUUUCAUUUUGCCUGUCUCAAUUACCACAGAUAAACUUUUUACAGAUACUUUUUUGUUAAAUUUUACGGUUAACAGGUUGUAACAAGCUUGUUUAUUGUGUUUCCAGAGUAGUAAAAUCUUUUCAAUCGACUUCUAGAAAGACGGGCUAAUGGGGUUGUGACGCAUGCAUGCAAUUUUUCAGUAUUUCGAGAAAUCCGAGUAAUUUAAGCAACUUUUAAACUACGAUAUCGCCUCAAGCGAAAUUUUCAAGCUGUUCGAUGCGUUCCACAUGAAAAUUUGACUCAAACUGGGGAUCUCGCACACGCUAAAAAUGUACCUCAUCGAAUUUCUUUCUGAAGAAAAAACUCUUUUUUGAAGCUAUAGAUAUCCCAACUCCACUUCAGCAAUUGAUCCGCGACGGCGCGUACGGCGUGCAGGAAAUAGAAUCUGAAGACGACGUGAAGAUCGUCGCUGGCGCAGAUAUUUCAGCGUCGAAGACGAGUCCCAACUACGCUAUCGUGGCUCUUUCCGUCUUCUCUUAUCCCCGACUCGAGGUCGUUUUUUUGGUUUUUGAAGUGGCGAAUCGUGUAUUCGAUAUGAUUAUCCACUGAAAAUUUCUCAAGUUUUUGAAUUUAACACGGUUAGAUUUUCUAGUUCUGCCAUUGCACAGGCUCGAGGCGGGACCAGCCAAUCAGAAUCUUUGAGUUUGAGAGAAAAAAAAAAAGUAAAAUUGUGAUAUAUCAAGCAACAAAGAAGUACUGACUUAGGUUUUUCAGCACUUGAAGACGUUGUCAGAGACUGUGGUGCUCACGACGCCAUAUUUCCCAGGAUUCUUGGCUCUUCGAGAAUCCGCGGCUAUCGUCGACGUCAUCAAGCACGUCAUCGCUUCGAAUCCCCAGUUUCGGCCUGACGUCAUCCUCUGUGACGGCAACGGACAGUUCCAUCCACGGAGUUUGUUCAUUUUCUGCUCCAAUCGAUAAAGAUCAUUUCAGAGUGCGGUUUGGCUUGUCACAUAGGCGCCAAGACGGGAAUCGCGUCGGUUGGCGUCGCGAAAAAUUUGCUCGCCAAUGUGGUUUAUGACGUCACGCCAGAAGAACACCGGGCCAAGGUCGACGUCAUCAUCAGAGAAGUCUGCCUUUUUUCAUUUCUUUCCGUGCGGCGUAGAGGUCAUUGAAGUCGUAAUCGAUCUUUGUCCGAAAGAGGCAUUUUUCACGCUUCGGAAAUAUCAUUAUUCUGCGAAAUUUCCAAAAUAUAAAAAAAAUACUUCAACAGUUUAUUCGCCCCCAUCAAAAAAAUAUUUUCCCACUUAGUUGGAUAACUUGCAACCGAAAGAGGCCGGAUGGAUUCCCUUUGACUUCAUUUCUCCCGUACUGAUGAACGUCGGUUGGCUUUCCGCGUCCAAGGUUUUCUGAUUUUCGUUCUCAUCAUAUCAAGUAAAAUUCGCUUCAGAACAAAGUUUACAUCUCACCGGGCUACGGUAUUGACCUUGCGACUGCAACGAAAGUCGUGUUCAUGUCUUCGCGAAACUCCAAAACCUGCGAGCCCAUCAGAGAGGUUUGGCGACUUUUUGGUGUUGUUUGAGAACAUACUAGUAUAUACUGCGCGCAAUUUAUGUAGUUCUAUACUACAUUCACAAAACCUUCCUAAAUUUCUAUACUACAUUCGUCACGACUCGAAAACAGUCUUGCGCUCUUUUUAUGCUUUUCAUUGUUUUAUGAAUACUUCGGUUAGAGAUAAGAGAGCGCAGAGAGAUAGAAGUUUUUUUCAAAAUGAUACCUUGCGAAUGCCUGAAGGUGUAAAUAAUUUUCAAAAAAAAUUUUAUAGUCCGUUCGUCGCGACUUGAAACGGCUGUAUUUCUCUGCGCCCUGUUUGUCUCUCUGCGGUGCUCUCGCGUUUACGAGCUGUUUUCAUUUUUCUCUGACCUAUCCGGUGAGAGAUAAGAGAGACCCAGACAGGCAUAACCUUUGAAGUCGCGGCGAACGGAGUAUUCUCUGAAUUUGGCCGAUAUUUUUAGAUAAAAUUUGCUCCAUAAUAAGUUUCUUUUAGGCGGAUUUGUAUACGCGGGAGCUACUGCGAAAGGAAUUUGACUGA